UUGCCAUCAGUUGUUGCUUCAAACUUCAACAUGAAGACUUUCAUCGUAUUGGCCCUGGCUAUCGCAGCAGUUGCUGCCGAAACCAUUGAGCAGGUGCAUCCCAAGGAUCUGCCACAAUCCCUGAAGCUCGAGGGACGCAUUACCAACGGCUACCCAGCCUACGAGGGCAAGGCUCCCUACACUGUUGGCCUGAGCUUCAACGGUUGGUGGUGCGGUGGUUCCAUCAUUGCUCACGACUGGGUGCUGACUGCUGCUCACUGCACCAACGGUGCCAGCUCUGUGACCAUCUACUACGGUGCUACCUGGCGUACCAACGCCCAGUUCACCCACUCGGUUGGCAGCGGCAACUUCAUCCAGAACCACAACUGGCCCAACCAGAACGGCAACGAUAUCGCUUUGAUCCGUACCCCCCAUGUCGACUUCUGGAGCAUGGUCAACAAGGUUGAGCUGCCCAGCUACAACGAUCGCUACAACAUGUACGACAACUGGUGGGCUGUUGCCUGCGGCUGGGGCAUCACCUCCGACGGCGGUUCCCAACCCGACUGGUUGCAGUGCGUCGAUUUGCAGAUCAUCAGCAACAGCCAAUGUUCUCAGACCUAUGGCACCCAACCCGAUGGCAUUCUCUGCGUUUCCACUCCCGGCGGCAAGUCCACCUGCUCUGGCGACUCUGGUGGCCCAUUGGUGCUCCACGACGGCGGCAAACUUGUUGGUGUUACUUCCUGGGUGGCUGGUGCUGGUUGCACUGCUGGUCUUCCAUCUGGAUUCACCCGUGUCACCAACCAACUCGACUGGAUCCGUGACAACUCUGGUGUUGCUUACUAUUAGGCUUUUGCUGAAAUUACCGAAAAUAUAUUAAAGAUGAAUUUAGAGAGAAAUGUAAUAA